AUGGGCAUAGCGCCCACCCGAGGCCAGCAGUGGAACAUCUGCCUGGGAGUGGAGCAGGCACUGGAGUUGGCCAGUUGUAGCCCAGGAGCCAACGGAGCUCUCCCCUGGUGUCAGUUGCAGGAACCUUCUCUCUACACCAUCAAGGCUGUUUUCAUCCUAGAUAAUGACGGACAUCGCCUCCUGGCCAAGUAUUAUGAUGAUACAUUCCCCUCCUUGAAGGAGCAGAUGGCCUUUGAGAAAAAUGUCUUCAACAAGACCAGCCGGACUGACAGUGAGAUUGCAUUUUGCGGGGGCAUGACCAUCGUCUACAAGAGCAGCAUUGACCUCUUCCUGUAUGUCGUGGGCUCCUCCCACGAGAAUGAGCUGAUGCUCAUGUCGGUUCUCACCUGCCUGUUUGAGUCCCUGAACCAUGUCUUAAGGAAGAACAUGGAGAAGCGCUGGCUGCUGGAGAACAUGGACGGAGCCUUCUUGGUGCUGGACGAGAUUGUGGAUGGCGGUGUGAUUCUGGAGAGUGACCCCCAGCAAGUGAUCCAGAAGGUGAAUUUUAGGGCAGAUGACAGCAGCCUGACUGAACAGAGUGUGGCCCAGGUUCUUCAGUCUGCCAAGGAACAAAUUAAAUGGUCGUUACUGAAAUGAAGGCUGUGGAUUCAGGGCUCCCUGCCCCCAGAGCAUUUCCCCAAUCCUGGCAAAAGCUGAAAGACCUCUGGAGAGAGGAGAGACCUCUCUGUACCGCUAGACACCCCCGGAACUGACUCCUGAGGUCUCUGGCCUGGGAGUCCGAGAUGCAAAGAUUUGGCUUCAAUAGUGACUCACCCUUCUCACUGCCCUGGACUGCCCCUUGGGCCAUGAGAACCAGCUGAGCCGCCUUAACUCAGACCUUAGGCAUCCUUGGCCCUAAUAAACCUGCUUUGUCUCCUGCCAA